UUUUUUCGUCCCUUGAUCCCCCCCCCGGCCACUUUCUCGCAUGAAUCUCCUCGACCCUUUCAUGAAAAUGACAGAAGAGCAGGACAAAUGUAUCUCCGACGCCCCCAGCCCCACUAUGUCGGAUGACUCCGCCGGGUCCCCCUGUCCCUCUGGAUCCGGGUCGGACACGGAGAACACCAGACCCCAAGAAAACACCUUCCCUAAGGGGGACCCGGACCUGAAGAAGGAGAACGACGAGGACAAGUUCCCGGUGUGCAUCCGGGAGGCGGUGAGCCAGGUGCUGAAGGGCUACGACUGGACCCUGGUGCCGAUGCCGGUGCGGGUGAACGGCUCGAGCAAGAACAAGCCGCACGUGAAGAGACCCAUGAACGCCUUCAUGGUGUGGGCGCAGGCGGCCCGCAGGAAGCUGGCGGACCAGUACCCGCAUCUGCACAACGCCGAGCUCAGCAAGACCCUGGGCAAGCUCUGGAGGCUGCUGAACGAGAGCGAGAAGCGUCCCUUCGUGGAGGAGGCCGAGCGGCUGCGGGUGCAGCACAAGAAGGACCAUCCCGACUACAAGUACCAGCCGCGGCGGAGAAAGUCGGUGAAGAACGGGCAGUCGGAGCAGGAGGAGGGCUCGGAGCAGACCCACAUCUCCCCCAACGCCAUCUUCAAGGCGCUGCAGGCCGACUCCCCGCAGUCGUCCUCCAGCAUCAGCGAGGUGCACUCCCCCGGGGAGCACUCGGGGCAGUCGCAGGGCCCCCCCACACCCCCCACCACCCCUAAGACGGACACGCAGCCCGGCAAGCAGGACCUGAAGCGGGAGGGCCGCCCCCUGCAAGAGGGUGGCCGGCAGCCCCCCCACAUCGACUUCCGAGACGUGGACAUCGGGGAGCUGAGCAGCGACGUCAUCUCCAACAUCGAGACCUUCGACGUCAACGAGUUCGACCAGUACCUGCCUCCCAACGGGCACCCGGGGGGCCCGGCCGCGCACGGCCAGCCCGGCCAGGUCACCUACACGGGCAGCUACGGCAUCAGCAGCACGUCGGGCUCCCCGGGCGGCGCCGGCCACGUGUGGAUGUCCAAGCAGCAGGCGCAGCCCCCGGCGCAGCCGCAGCCCCCGGCGCAGCACGGGCUGCCGGCGCUGAGCGGGGAGCAGGGCCCGGCGGCGCAGCAGAGGACGCACAUCAAGACGGAGCAGCUGAGCCCCAGCCACUACAGCGAGCAGCAGCAGCACUCCCCGCAGCAGAUCAACUACAGCUCCUUCAACCUGCAGCACUACAGCUCGUCCUACCCCACCAUCACCCGCUCCCAGUACGACUACACCGACCACCAGAACUCCGGCUCCUACUACAGCCACGCGGCGGGGCAGGGCAGCGGCCUCUACUCCACCUUCACCUACAUGAACCCCACGCAGCGCCCCAUGUACACCCCCAUUGCAGACACUUCGGGGGUCCCCUCCAUCCCCCAGACCCACAGCCCGCAGCACUGGGAACAGCCCGUCUACACGCAGCUCACCAGGCCCUGAAGCCGCGGAGGGAAGAGAAAGAAAAAGAAAUUUCGAAAAAAAACAAAACAAACAAACAAAACAACAACAAACAAAAAAAAAACAAAUCAGAAAAGCGUGAAAGCAGCGAGAAGAACUUCCUUCAGACUUUUUUUUUUCCUUCAUUGAAUUUGAAAUAAUAAUUAAAAAGAGACGCUCAAGUGAAAGCUGGCGGGGAGGAGAGAGCGCCUCGAGCCUUCUGCACUACAGCAUCCUCCAGGACCCGCCUGAGAGCCAGCAAAACUCGGUACACACUUGCCAAGGACUGGACUUGAACUCUGCUUCCAGCAUGGAGAGGAGAUUCCUACCCAACCCGCCCAGCUGU